UGUCGAGAAUAUGGAAAACAUGUUUAUGAUGAUGUGACAGUACCAUCGUAUGUCUUUGGAGAGAAACCAACAAUUAAGAGAAUUGAUAAGUGUAUGCACAAAGCUGUAUCACUGAUAGUGGGUGGUGAACGUGUAACGGACGGAGAAUUUCCCCACAUGGCAUUAUUAGGUUACGCUGAUGGAGAGCCAAGAGACUAUGCUUGUGGAGGUUCUUUGGUUUCACCUCAAUUUGUUCUUACAGCAGCUCAUUGUCUUUACCCCCGGGGCUAUGGUGCUGUUAAGUUCGUCAAAAUGGGAAUCAUUUCCAGAUUGCAAAACGAUGGCAACUCACAUUUAUUCAAUGUGGAUCAAAUAUUCAAACAUCCAGAAUACGAUCCAAAAAAGCUAACAAAUGACAUUGGAUUACUGAAACUUGAUACCUUUGUUCCCUUAAGUGAGAGAAUAUUACCAAUUUGUUUGCCACAGCUGUCUUUAACACCAGCUAAAGCUGUAGCGAGUGGGUUUGGUAAGACAGGUGCGACAGAAUCAGCUUCACAAGAUCUGUUGAAAGUGACUUUGGACAGAUUUUCACAAGAAGCUUGUCAAGAACCUUUCGGUACAAGGGUUACAAUAACAAAUGACUCAAUGAUUUGUUAUGGACAUCAUUCAGAAAGUAAAGAUUCUUGUAAUGGUGAUUCAGGUGGACCUCUUCAAAUAUAUAACAACGAUCCAUACUGCACCUACACACAAAUCGGUCUUGUAAGUUUCGGUUUAAGGAAAUGUGGAACGAUUGGAACUGCUGGUGUCUAUGCAAACGUCUAUCAUUACCUUGACUGGAUCGAAAACAUUGUUUGGCACAAUAAAAGUAUGGAAGUUUCAUAAACUGAAAGAGUCUUGUAACUUUUAUGACCAC